AUGGGGUGCUGCUAUAGCAGUGACAAUGAGGACUCAGACCAGGAUCGAGAGGAGAGGAAACUACUUCUGAACCCCAAUAGUCCCCCAUCCAAGACCCUAAAUGGAGAAGAACCCAACUACCACAGUCUGCCUGCGGCCCGUACGAAUGAGCAGGCCCUGCUGUCUUCUAGCCUUGCCAAGACAGCCAGCAACAUCAUUGAUAUAUCGGCAGCAGAUUUCCAGGACAUGGAGCAUCAUGAGUACAUGGACCGAGCGAGACAAUACAGCACCCACCUGGCUGUCUUGAGCUUGACUCACUGGAAGAAGCUGCCAACACUGCCGUCACUCACCAGCCAGUCCCACCAAGUGCUUGCCAGUGACCCCAUCCCCUUUGCAGAUUUUCAGCAGGUCUCUAGAAUAGCUGCUUAUGCCUAUCAUGCACUUUCUCAGACCCCAGUCAAUGCAAAAGAGGAGUUGGUCAUGCAGUUUGGAGUCCCAUGA